UUCUUUCGAUCUCAUUUGCGUCGCCUUGUGCAUGUUUAAUAUACGCGUGUGUAUGUGUGUGUGUGUGUGUGUGUUUGCAAUGAUGGCUUCAUUGCUGCUCCUGUGCAACACAUUUAUGCAACGUCGGGGAGUCCGGUCCAGCUUGCUGUGAAAACAGGAGGAUAAAAAAAAAAAAAAAAAAUCGGGGUACAUGCCGGCUCUGUCCAGGGAGAGAGGCACAGCUGCUGCCAUCAGCACCGGGCUGAAUCAAACCUGACACCGGGCCCCGUUUGUUCCGUUUUUAAGUCGGUACCGUGGCGUUUUAUUGCUCCAUGAUGACAUUUGGUGAUGCCGCUCGUCCACACCCACAUGAUAUGCUGCGUGCGAUUGAUCCAUGUGCGCUGCAGAUAUGAGGAUUAGUAGUCAUGUUUUUAUUUUUAUUUAUUUUUUUAUUUUAAUUCUAGCGCUGGAUGUGCAAAACGCUUGUCAAUCGAGAGCGCCUGCAUCAGGAGACUUUGACCGGCCUGUUUGUCCUGGAUGUGUCCGGAUUGUACCUGCUUCUCGCUGUGUUUAGAUGUGCUCCAAUGCAAGUUAAAUGUCUCGCUUUGUAUAGUGUGUGACCUCAGGCCGGGGAACCAUGAGAAACAAAGUGAAAAGACCAGCUGAAUGUUGCCACUAUGUGUGGUCGUGUGACUGAGCUGGACUCCUUCACUGCACAUGGGAUCUCUCUUCCUCCUACUGACUUGUCAUAGUCGCCCUGUUUUCACCAUGAGAGGAUCUGUCAGGUGUUUGACCUCCGUGCCCUCAUACUGGCACCUCUGUUGUGCUGCGUGAGCGCCCGACCCUCUCCUCCGGCAGUUACUGCACGGCAUGGCCUCUCUGGACCUGCCAUACCGCUGUCCUCGCUGCGGGGAGCACAAGCGCUUCCGAAGCCUGUCAUCCCUACGUGCCCACCUGGAGUACAACCACACGUACGAGACCCUCUACGUCCUCUCCAAAUCCAACAGUGUAUGUGAUGCCGCUGCUCUGCUGCCACUAGUGGCUGAGGGAGCUCUCCUCACACCCGCCAACAACAACGACCCCUUCGAGCCCCUCCGGCCUUCAGCUUUAAAGGAGCGCCGCUUCCCUUGCCGUGAGCUCCCUUGUGCGGACGACCUGAGUUUGACCCCGGCUAACUCUAAUAGUGCAGCCAGGUACAUUCCCAAUGUGGAGUUUCCCCUGGGGGAGAUUUUUAUGAAGAAAGCCAUGACAUCCGCAGACCCGGGUCCCCAUGGAAACCCCAGCACAGCUGUAGCAGUGGCAGCAAAUGUGGCGGCCAGUGCGGUCGAGGCGGCGUAUGAGGAAGGCCUGGCCAGGCUGAAGGCACGGGCGUUUGAGCGGCUGGAGCUGGAUGAAAGGCUGGAGAAGCUUUCUGAGGAGGUGGAGCAGAAAAUAGCGGCCCGCGUGGGUCGUCUUCAGGCGGAGCUGGAGAGGAAGAGCUCUGAGCUGGAGCGGGCCAAGCAGGAAAGCGAGAGGCUGGGCCAGGAGAAGCAAGACCUGGAGGACAAGGCCUCAGAGCUGUCUCGCCAGGUGGACGUCUCUGUGGAAAUGCUGGCCAACCUCAAACAGGACCUGGUGAACAAGGAGGAAGAGCUCAAUCACAAACAACAGGAAGUGGCCCAAAUUGACCAGUUCCUUCAGGAGACGGCGGCACGUGAAGCCAAUGCCAAAGUCCGGCUACAGCAGUUCAUUGAGGAGCUGCUGGACCGAGCGGACCGCGCCGAAAAACAGCUGCAGAUCAUCAGCAGCUGUGGCACCACACCGAACGGCAGCCUGGGACGCUGCAGCCUCCAGGCGUCGAAGGGCAACGGACGCCAGAGAAACUCCAGCCUCUCUGGGAGCACAAGAGGCAUGUACCAAGUAUCAGAGCGGCGUUCCUCCCCCAGCACGGGAGCAUCGGGGAGGAUCAAGUCCGUCUCACAGGGCUCUGGAGGUUACGACAGUGACAGCGUGGAGAUGCAUCCCAUGGAGGAGUGUCCCGAGGCUCAGUACUAUCACAUGCAGUGCCGGCUGGGUGAGGCGGGCUACGAGCGCUCCCCUGGAUGUGGCGGCGGUGGAUCAAGAAACUGGGGCCUGCGUAAACAGGCUAUCCAGAACUGGCAGCGGCGACCUUACAGGAACAGCACUGAAGGCGAGGAAGGUGACGUGUCAGACGUGGGCUCCCGGACCACCGAGUCUGAGGUGGAGAUGUGGGAACAAGAGAGGAGAGCUGUGGCUGAAGUCCAGCAGUCUGCCGCUCCCUAUCCUCACCACAGCAGGGCAGGAUAUCGCCCUAACGCAGGUCGGUCUGACGGGGUCUACAAGCCAUGCCGCCAUGAAAAGAGCCCGUCCAAAUCCAACGAGGUGAUCAGUCCAGAGAUCCUGAAGAUGCGUGCAGCCCUCUUCUGCAUCUUCACCUACCUGGAUACUAAAACCCUGCUGAGAGCUGCAGAGGUCUGCCGUGACUGGAAGUUUGUGGCCCGUCACCCAGCUGUGUGGACCAGAGUGCUGCUCGAGAACGCUCGCAUUUCUUCCAAGUUCCUGAGCAUAUUGUCUCAGUGGUGCACUCAGACGCACUCGCUCAUCCUGCAAAACCUCAAACCAAGACAGCGGGGGAAGAAAGAAACCAAGGAGGACUACCUGAAAAGCACACGUGGCUGUCUGGAGGAAGGACUGGAGGCGUUGUUAAAGGCCACAGGAAGUAACCUGCUGAUAUUGAAGAUUUCACACUGCCCCAACCUGCUGACUGAUCGUUCCCUCUGGCUGGCCAGCUGCUACUGCCGAGCUCUGCAGGCUGUAACCUACAGGAGUGCCACAGAUCCAGUUGGCCAGGAGGUGAUCUGGGCCCUCGGGGCAGGUUGUAGAGACAUCAUCUCCCUACAGGUGGCGCCACUACACCCAUGCCAACAACCUGCUCGUUUCAGUAACCGAUGCCUACAGACGAUUGGAAGAUGUUGGCCACACCUCCGUGCUCUCGGCGUGGGUGGGGCUGGAUGUGGCAUUCAGGGGCUGGCGUCUCUAGCGAGGAACUGCAUGCGCCUGCAGGUGCUGGAGCUGGACCAUGUGAGCGAGAUCAACCAGGAGGUGGCAGCAGAGGUUUGCAGAGAGGGCUUGAAAGGUCUGGAGAUGCUGGUGCUUACCUCCACACCGGUCACCCCCAAAGCCCUGCUCCACUUUAACAGUGUUUGCCGCAACCUGAAGUCCAUCGUGGUUCAGAUCGGCAUAGAAGACUACUUUGAGGACCCCAACAGCCCUGAAGCUAGAAAGUUGUUUGACGAGAUGGUGAACAAGCUGCAGGCUCUGAAGAAGAGACCUGGCUUCUCCAAGAUCCUCCACGUGAAAGCAGACAGUCUCUGCUAACAUCUUUUGUGCAGAUUCUUUAGAGUCUUGGAGAGAAGCCAUUUUGGCUCCAGUCAAUCAAAGAGGGGGAAAGAAAAAAAAAAUAAAAUAAAAAAAGACCCAGCUGUUUUGAGCCCACUCUGUGGAGUUGAAUACGUCUGCAGCACCGACAGAAUCAAGAGAGGAACGCAAUGAUGAACCACGGCCAAGGCUCGAUGUGCAUAAUCCUCAAGUACAACCUUCAAACAGAAAAAAAAACUCAUUUGCUAUUCCAGUAAGGAGAAAUCGUUAUCUCCUUUAUGCUGGUUGUGACUGAAAACCAGUCAGGAGGCUUAUUUGAACUAAUAAUAGCACUAUAUAUAUCACGUGAAGGGCCUGUCUUAAACUUAACAGACUCAAAUAUCCAUAACAAAACUGUCAGAUUCCUCUUUCUCAGUCAUAUUUUGCUUUCACCAUAAAAAUGGAUCGUGUCGUUGCACAGAGCCAGAUCUCUUUUUUUUUUUAAACGGCUGGAGCCAGGUGACAGCGCUGUAUUUACCUGUCUGCGAUCACAUAAAUGCUUGACACAGACUUGAGACUACCUUCAGCACUAACAUCUCGUGGGCAGGAGCACAUUAUAAAGCGUAUUUACUUUCCACAGAAGUACAAGGUUAAGAGUCCUGAGACGGGAGCUUGAUAAAGCCGAGGAUUGAAUAAAUGGUUUUCAUCCUGUCUGUCCCGUUACCGCUGUGUGCUGAAGUGGGACGACUGGCAACAAAUUACAACACUUACUGCUUCCUUACAUGCUGCAACAGCUCCGGGCACAGUGGACAGAGCAAGGACAGCACUCCCUGUAACACACCAAUCCUUGACAGUCUUCUAGCCACUGCAUGGCAGCGAUGCAUUUAGCCUCUUUUCAUCCUCUGCUUCCUCGUACGAACAAACCUGGACCCGGUGUUUUCAACGGUUGUAUUAUCCACAGACGGAUCCAUCACACAUUUUAUCUCUAUCAAAAAAAGAAAGAAAGAAAAGAAAAUGGUGCCAUUUGUAACCGUGUUUGUCCUCAUUCCAGUGAGCGUGUUCUCCAAUGUGCCAUUACCGAGGGAAGAGGGACCACGCAAAUACAUUAUUGGAAACAGCUCUUACUGAUCAUAAAGGUGUUGUGUUUCAUAUGGAACAUGGUCUCCGGCUGUAUACAGGUGUUAAAGUGUUUAUAUAUCAUGUGGGUUUCAUACUUUACCAUACUAACCAGUGCCAUUCCUAUUAGUCGUGCUCGUCCCGCCUGAGGCCCUGAACGAUCCUUAUUUAAUGUUUCAGCUGACGUCCUCUGGCUCCCUCUGCUGUUUUUUUUCAAGCACUUACAACGAGACCAGCUGAUGUGACACAGUAUCACCUUUUUAAAUAAUCUGAAUUUGUGCAAUUCAUGGCUACAAUUGAGUUCAGGAUGCGCUGCAGAAAUUCUCACAUAGUAUAAGUAGCAAUACUCUGAGGGGGUUCCAACUAUUUUACACGUUCGGAUUAAUAUGUAAUUCAUAAGAAGCACCACGCAGCCUGAGAAAAUAACCUCCAUAAUGUUAUCAGGCUUAUCUUGGCUUAGAAAUUACAAACACACAUUAAGCUGCAUUACAAGCUUGGAGUUUGAAACAAUAUGGGAAGAUGCAUCGACCAAGCAUAGAGAGUCGGGAGAAAAGUCUCAGAUCCACAAUCUUUGGAAGUUGACCCCCAUACUAAGGACCAAAAGUCAGAAUGUUUUCGCCUCUGUAGCAUCCAUUUUUAAAAAUCAGUCCCCAAACAUCAACAAAGUGCAAUACUAAAUCACUGGAGUACCCCUUUAACAUAACAGUACCCCUGUUAGACGCUGUCAAUCACUUUGAUUCAAAGAAAUCGUGCACACCGCUUUGAAACAGGCUGAAAAAAAUGAUUCACACAUCGGGCAGAACAUCACGUCUCUUCCCUCACGACACAUCAAGGAUGCCUAACGAGUUGUUCAUUCGAUCCGGUACGCUUCAUUCGUCACACGGCAACUAUUGCCACGUCUCUUGGUGACAGUUGCCGGGAAUACCGGGUUCUCCUCGCUGACGAGGAGAGCUGUGAGCGGCUGUACUUUGGUCCCUGCUUCAUAGUCAAACAUGUUUAUGAGGACUUGUGUAGCUGCAUAUUGUAGUGAUGAUGUUUCAGGUCAAUGUGUGAGAACAGUUGUGGAUGUCCAUUUCUUCAUGUUCUUCCAGUACUGAUGAUUAUUAUCCAACAAUGGUACUGAUUAUCCGCUUAUCUGGUUUCAUUGAAGGAAAUAUGUUUGCGGGAACGGUGUAAAACUUUGCUGACACAAUAGAGAAAACACAAAGCACUUGUUGAUUUUGAGUUUUAGACAAUCCUGCCUUCGCUAUCAGCUACUCUGUACAUAAUGUUUGUAAAAAAAACAACAACAACAAAAACAAGAAAAAAAUGACCAACAUUUGAUGUUAUAUAAUAUUAAGGUCAUAUUAUGAGUGGAAAAAGUUGUUUACAGGUCUUCAUUCUGUAAGCAUUUUCUCUCCAAAGUUGAAUGAAAGAUAAAUAUAGAGAAUUAUAUUAUGUAUAACAGUAGUGUUGAAAUUGCAGUUGUGUAUUAGAUACUUUAUAUUAAAUGUGCAUCAGAGUCAUAUAGAGAUGGAAAUUAUUUAAGAAGAGGAUAAAGAUGAUAAUUCAGCUAUUUAUUUCUAUAAAAAAAAAAGAGCGAUGUGUAUAAUGUUGGCAUGUUUGUGUUCGAGCAUCAAUCAUUAAGUUGCCUUCUUAACUGUUCUGCUACUGUGACAAGAAAAUUAUUAGAUGUUUAAAGAGCUUUGAUUGCCUGCAGGUUAAUAACGUUUCUCUUUAUUUGAUCCAGUCUGUUGUUGCACUAGUGAGAAAAAAAAAAGCAAAAAAAAAAAAAAAGAAGAUAUUUCAGAUGUUUAUUAUAAGAGUGUUGUUUUUAAUGUUCAGCUAUUUCUCAGUAUUUGACAAAAUAUGAUGCACUUUUUUUCCUGCACACUUUUACCGGCCCCCGUUGGUCAUCGGUUACGUCAGAGACGACACUGGUUUCUCGCGGCGUUUUCUGUUGUGGUUUGAAACCGACUUGUUCUGCUCAAACAUUCGGUAUCAUGGAUGGAAUAUUUUGGAAAUACAGCGAUUGCAUAUGAACUUCUACGACGUACACAGACGUACAGUUACACCAUCUCUCAUAUCUCAUUGGUGGGAAGUUAAAACUGAUUCAACGGCGGUUUAAGUGCUUUUUUCAGUUCAUUGCCAAUAUGACCUUAUGCUCACCUUCGUAUUUGUCUUUUGUUGUAGCUUUGCAUUAUUAAUGCAGAUUUCUCACACCAACAGUACGUUCGCUUUAUCGUGAAAAAUGGACCUGCUGAACAUGUUACAGAGCCUGCAUGCUCUGAAACUGCAGAUUAGAGGUGCCAAGUACGCCGGAGUCAUUUUUGGCUUAUCUCCAUCCUCUUGCCUCUCCAAAUAUAAAGCAGAAUAAUUUAUUUAUUUUGAUUGAGAAAGCGAAGCAUCACUUAUAAACCUGGGUGCUUCCUCGUUCACGUUUUAUUUCAUUAUUUAACGUUUUAAAUCAAGUUUUAUUCCUCCUCUGUUGCAGUUACACCCAUGUAUCAUACUGUGCAAUUGAAAAACAGUGUCUGAGUGUUCAUGUACCUCUUUGUACAUAUUUUAUGUAUGAAUGAUUGUACUCUGCCCGUUCAUCUGAAUAGUAUUUUACACAUUACCUCAACACUUAUCUGGGCAAUUAAGUGUGCAGUUUGUCUUUGUACUGUUUCAUUUUUGACUGCCGUC